AUGCUCACAAAUCGUAAGGCCGCGGACGCGCCAGUUCCCGACUUCGCUGAAACACGUGCCGUACCUACCAACCUCACAAUCGCCCACAAUGAGUUAUCGGUCUUACACACUCUUACUCACCCAAUUCAGACAGCCGCAGACCAUCUGAGACCUCCCCCAAGCGAGACUGACCCGCCAUUCAUAAGCAACGGUCGCAUCGCGCCCACUCCUCUAAUACGUGUUCCAAUUCCGCUUGAACUCGAUAUGACCACCGUCCUUAGUAUCGUCAUGCGCGCCACACUGUUCGAAGUUGCCGAGCAGCACUUUUGGCGAGGAGGGUUCAUAUUGGUUUCUCGGCUGCAUGGCAGACCUGCACGUUUUUUUGCCAUCCCGUGCACAGCAAUCCGCCACCGUGCCUUGCAGAGACGAGUGCACAGGCUUCAACGCAUCACAGUCGUCGACUGCGAUAUCCUCGUCAGUCCCGAUGUGAAUGCUUACCGCGCGCUUAUCAAUUAUAUGGCUUUCUCGUCCGGCCUUACAUUCUAUUACAUCGAGCAACGUGUGCGGCUCAUCCGUACCGCUAUUGAUGUUGCACGCGUUGCCAGUAUUGCGCGUCAGACUGACUGA